AUGCAUAAUAUUACGUACACAUACAACGCUCUAACGGGGGAUUGGAUAUGCUCGGAUGAAAAAUGCGGAAAUGUGAACUCAUCACAAAGAACACACUGUAAUAGAUGCAACAGGGUCAGGCCAAAAAGUACAAUGAAAAUGAACCCUAAGCAAGUACUUUUUAAAUCAAAUGACUGGAAAUGUGACGACUGUGGAAAUAUAAAUUGGGCCAAGAGAGAUAAGUGCAAUAUGUGCAGUAAAGCUAAAUUCUCGAAAAAAGUGAAUGACGGAAAAUUGAAUAAAGAAUUAAGAACAGGCAAAGGUGGAGGUCAUUAUGAUAUUCAAGGGAGUAACGAAAAGAGGGUUCAUGACUCGGAUGACGAAGAAUAUGAUGAAUUUGGCCGAAAAAAGAAAAGGAAGAUAUUAGAUAAAGAUGAGAAAAACGAUAAAAAUGAAAAUGAAUCCAACAGAAAUAACAGCAAUCAUAGUAACAGUAGAGAAGAACCGUCAUACAAAAGUGACACUUAUAGAAAUAGAAAUUUCAAUCAUUCAAGUUCGAGAAAUUUUACUUCAAAUAAUUAUGAAAAAGGCAACAUUUAUGGAGAAAAUAGGAAUUAUAGCAGACCCCACAAGGUCGGUGGUGAAUAUCACAAAAAUUACUAUGGUAGAGGGAACCUGGAUCAGAGUUUUAACACCAGCAGAAAUAAUGGCAUCUACAGGUAUGAGGGAAGUAGUAGGUAUCAAGGAAGAACUAGGCACGAUGACAAUAACAAAAUAUAUGACAGGAACAGGAGGUAUAACGGAAAUAACAGGUAUUGGAACGGUGGUAGGUAUGAAAACAAGGACAGGUAUGAUGGAAGAUCUAGGAACGAUGUCAACAACAGUAGAUAUGAGGACAGAAGUAGACAUGGAGAUAGCAGCAGGUAUGGUCAAGAACAAGAUUAUGACAGGAGGUACUCAGACAGAACGGAUAUCUCUUAUGAGAAGAAUAAUGAGAGGAAAACUGAUUACGAAAUAAGGAGGUAUAGAAAAGAUUAA